CCGGCAAUCAAAGUUUACCCAUCCAUACGGAGCCGAUCACAGAACUAAUCGAAAACCUAUUCUCGACCCGCCACCAUGAGCACCAAAUCCCGCAACUUUCGCCGCCGUGCCGGUGACGACGAAGAUGAAGACGAUACCAACUCUGCGGCUCCCUCCACCGCUAAAAGCAACGGCACCCCUUCCACCACAAAUAGACCCUUGGCCACGAGUAAACCCAAGAAAACGUCCUCUCAGCCCCCUUCUAAAAGUCUCCUUUCAUUCGCCGAUGACGACGACGAAUCACCCUUUUCUCGGCCGGCUCCCAAGCCCUCCUCUUCUUCCUCUUCACGUCUCUCCAAAUCAUCAGCUCACAAACUCACUUCCUCCAAGGACCGACUUGCUCCACACCCUCCAUCCUCCACCCUCCCUUCCAAUGUCCAGCCACAAGCCGGAGUUUACACUAAAGAAGCCCUCUUAGAGCUUCAGAAAAAUACUAAAACCCUCGCGGCACCCGCCCGUAAUAAGCCCAAGCCCGAGCCGGAACCUGUAGUAGUCUUAAAGGGUUUGAUAAAACCCGUAAUUGCGAACGAUUUAGAUUCUGGAACUGCCGCUAGAAGUCAAGAUUUUGAGGAGGACGAUAUGGGUUUUGAUCGAAAGCGCAAAGAUUUGAAUAUUGAGAGAAAUGAUGCACUAUCCCGGUUGAAGGAUAUUGGUUUAGGGCCUGGUUUGAGGGAGGAUGAGGAAGUGAUACCGGACAAGGCAACGAUAGAGGCAAUUAGGGCAAAGAGGGAGAGGCUGAGACAGGCCAAGGCUGCAGCACCAGAUUAUAUAGCAUUGGAUGGAGGGAGUAAUCACGGUGCAGCUGAAGGUUUGAGUGAUGAGGAGCCGGAGUUUCAGGGGAGGAUUGGGUUCUUCGGCGAGAAAAUUGGUGGUGCUGAUAAGAAAGGUGUUUUUGAGGAUUUUGAGGAGAAGGCAAUGCCAAAAGAGAGGGGUACCGAAAUGGUUAGUGAUGAUGAAGAUGAGGAGGAUAAGAUGUGGGAAGAAGAGCAGGUUAGAAAAGGGUUGGGAAAGAGGCUAGAUGAUGGUGUUGGGGCUCAAGGAGUGGGUGGAAGUGUUACUGGUGUCAGUAGUAUUCGGCAAAGUGGUAGUUUGCAGCCAAGUUUUGGGUACUUGGGUAGUGGAACCAGUGUGACGCAUCAUCCUCCGGUGCAAAAUGUGGAAGCUACUGGUAGCUACAGUAGUAUUGGUGGGGCUGGUGGAGAAUUAGUUGGUUCCAAUGUGAUGUCUAUAUCUCAGCAGGCCGAGCUUACUAAGAAAGCCUUGAAUGAGAACUUGAGGAGGGUUAAGGAAUCUCAUGGCCGAACAAUGGUGUCAUUGGCUAAGACUGAAGAAAAUCUGUCUUCUUCCUUGCUGAAUAUUACUAGCCUAGAGAAUUCUCUGGCUGCUGCUGGUGAGAAGUUCCUCUUUAUGCAAAAGCUUCGUGAGUUUGUUUCUGUUAUAUGUGAGUUCUUGCAGCAUAAAGCUCCUUUCAUUGAAGAACUUGAAGAACAAAUGCAGAAGCUUCAUGAAGAACGUGCAAGAGCCAUCACAGAAAGAAGAGCAGCAGACAAUGAUGAUGAAAUAUCUGAAAUAGAACAAGCUAUUAUUGCAGCACGUGCAGAAUUCCGUAAAGGAGUAAGCAAUCCAGAAAAAGUUGCCGCAGCUAUUGCUGCCUCUCAGAUUGCAUCUGCUAAUGCAAGAGCAUUAAAAAGUGCACCUGUGGAGCUAGAUGAAUUUGGUAGAGAUGUAAAUCUGCAAAAACGAAUGGAUAUCACAAGAAGGGCAGAAGCUCGACAAAGAAGGAGAGCGAAAGCCGAUUCUAAAAGAAAAUUGGCCAUGGAAAAUGAUAAUUCCAAUCAACAAAUGGAAGGAGAAUUGAGCACUGAUGAAAGUGAUAGUGAGAGUACAGCUUAUGAGUCAACACAUAAUCAAUUACUUGAGGUUGCUGAUAAAAUUUUCAGUGAUGCAGCUGAGGAUUUUUCUCAAUUCUCAAUUGUGGUUGGAAGAUUUGAAAGAUGGAAGAAAGAUUACGCAUCAAGUUAUCGUGAUGCAUAUAUGUCAUUAAGUUUACCUGCUAUUUUCUCACCCUACGUGAGGCUCGAGCUUCUGAAGUGGGAUCCACUUCAUGAAGAUGCAGAUUUCAUUGAUAUGAAAUGGCAUUCCUUGCUAUUCAAUUAUGGUCUUCCAGAAGAUGGCAAUGAAAUCAGUGGAGAGGAUGCUGAAGCUGAUGCUGAUGCCAAUCUAAUUCCUGAAUUGGUUGAAAAACUUGCAAUUCCUAUUCUACACCAUCAGUUAGCUCAUUGUUGGGACAUGCUUAGCACCCGUGAGACGAAGUAUGCUGUUUCUGCUAUGAACUUGAUAAUCAGAUAUGUAAACCUCUCGAGUUCUGCUCUUGCUGAGUUGGUAACUGUGUUACGUGAUCGUCUCACUAAGGCUGUGGCUGAUUUACUGGUGCCCACGUGGAGUCCACUUGAAAUGAAGGCUGUACCAAAUGCAGCACGAGUUGCAGCAUAUAGGUUUGGUACAUCUGUUCGUUUGAUGAGAAACAUAUGCUUGUGGGAUAAAAUCCUUGCGAUGCCUAUUCUUGAGAAGAUUGCUCUUGAUGAACUUUUAUGCGGCAAGGUUCUUCCUCAUCUUCACAGCAUACAGUCAAACGUCCAUGAUGCAAUUGUACGUGUAGAGAGGAUCAUUGCUUCACUUUAUGGUGUCUGGACAGGUCCCAGUGUUACAGGGGAUCGCAGCCGAAAAUUGCAGCCUUUGGUAGAUUACUUGCUAUUGAUUGGGAAGACACUGGAGAAAAAGCACGUGUCCAGUGCCAUGGAAACUGAAAGUGGUAAACUUGUGAGACGAUUAAAGAAAAUGCUGGUGGAGCUUAACGAAUACGACCAUGCAAGGGCACUAUCAAGAACAUUCAAUCUCAAAGAGGCGCUCUAGUUUUACUCUCAUGUGUUGGGUUCAAAAGCCGUCAGCUUCUUGAAAACAAGGCAGCUCGAGUGGUGAUUUUUCUUGUACAAUUGUGAGAAUAGUAUAAUUGUGUAUGUUCCUUUUGGAGGAAUCUACUACUAUCACACUGCUAGUAUCCAUGUGUUGGUUUAACACACCGGCAUUUCUCUCACAUGGUCGCUACAGAGCUGUUGCUUUGUUGGCCAAUUUCCAGAGACGUUUACGUUAGCUCAUAAUGAUGUAGGAAUUGCAUUUAGUCACAGGACAAGUGUUAUUAUAUCAUUACUUGACCUUCGCAUAUCUACGACACCUUAUUCUAUGAAUGCAUAUCUAUAGUAUUAGUAUAUGUGCCAAAAAUGUGUAUAACAAUUGGCAGCAAUAUUUGAAACUAAAAUAUUGUAUGGUAUGGAUGUGUAGAGCAUCAUUCACCAGACA